AUGGCGCCUGACAGAAGACAGUUGCAAAGCAUGUUCCAGCAUGAGAAGGAGUCCUUCAAGGAGUAUGCUCAGAGAUGGAGGGAACUGGCUUCUCAAGUUGAACCACCUCUUGCUGAAAAGGAAUUGGCCGAACUAUUUAUCGACACUGUCCAACCCCAAUUCUAUGAGAAGAUGGUUGGAAGUGCUUCCUUGGGAUUCUCCGAGCUUGUUGCUAUAGGGGCUCGCGUCGAGUAUGGUUUAAGAAAUGGAAAACUUGCGGCUGUAGCUGGAACUUCAAAUGCUAAUCCAAAGAAGUUCUCUGGAGGGUUUCCCAAAAAGAAGGAAGGGGAAACAAAUGUUGUGACUGUUGGCCAAGGAAGAGCCCCUCCAAGAAGGAGACAACAACAAUAUUCACCUCAGAAGUAUGUUCAAAAACCCUUUCCAUAUCAGCAGCCCCUGUAUCCCGUUCAAUACGCCCCACAACCGUAUGUGGCUGUUGUGACGCCCGCCUUUAAUCAACAACCUGCUCAGGCCUAUCAAGCGCCUCUGGUUUAUCGAUCGACUCCAGUUCAACAACGUGAUUCGGUUCCUCCAGCUUAUCAACAAGCACCAACAACUCUUAUCUAUCAACAGCCGAGAGCUCAAGCUCCAAGGAAAAAUGCUCAGAACCAGAAUAGGAGGCAAGGGGAUAGGGCGACCUUCAAUCCAAUCCCAAUGUCGUACACUGAGCUUUAUCCCUCCCUGUUGCAAAAGGGUUUGGUGGCUCCCAGACCUAUGAGACCUCCACGUGAUCGUCUUCCUCCAUGGUACAACCCUAAUGCACACUGUCCUUUUCAUGAAGGUGCCCCCGGGCAUGACCUAGAGGGUUGUUAUGCUUCGAAGCAUAUGAUUCGUGAAUUGAUUGAAAGCAAGAUCUUGUCUUUUAUGGAUAUGGGACCGAAUAUGAAGAACAAUCCUCUUCCUCCCCAUGGAGAUCCUACAGUAAACGCCAUUGAAGAUGCCUCUGUUGGUGUUACGGUUGAUAAGGUGGAUGAUGUUAAGACUCCUUUGGCAGCGUUCCAUGCCCGAUUGGUGGAAGCUGGCCUGAUUAAUGUUCGCCAUGACAAGUGUGAAAAUGUUGCAAAGAACGAAGACGUGUUGGUAAUUGAACCUUGUUUCAAUUUACCUGAACCAGUUGAAAUCCCAUAUUACAGUGGCGGGGUCGUUCCGGCGAAUAGUCAGUCGUCACCCAUUGAGAUAUGUAUGCCCAUGCCUUUUCCAUAUAAGAGCACCAAGGAUGUGCCUUGGAAAUAUGAGAUUACCGCUGUGGACAAGGUUAUUGAAGGAAGUGCAGACUUUGAAGUGACAGAAGUUGUGAGUGAGGACGUCACCAAUAUUGCAGGAAUGAGCAGAAUGACCCGUAGUGGUCGAAUCUAUACGCCUGAAUUCAAUGUGACUCCUCAAGGGCCAAACAAGGAAUCAACAGUUGCAGCUCCCACUAAAGAACCCGAAGUGGUCCAAUCCGAAGAUGAUGUUGAAUUCUUGAAGUUGAUCAAGAGAAGUGACUACAAGGUUGUGGGUGCCCAAGCUCAUGUAACACAAAGCAUAACAGUUGACCAAUUUGAUGGAGUAGUUGUGAAUAUCACAACUUGCAAUACUUUGAGCUUCAUUGGAGAGGAAUUACCUGAGGAUGGACAAAAUCACAAUCGUGUUCUCCAUAUCUCGGUAAAAUGCAAAGAUGAUGCUUUGGCAAGAGUUUUGGUUGAUACCGGAUCUUCUUUGAAUGUUAUGCCAAAUAGAACACUCGCCAAGUUAUAUUAUCAAGGACCAGCUAUGAAACCUAGUGCCUUGGUAGUGAAAGCUUUUGAUGGUUCCAGGAGAACCGUGAUUGAAGAGGUUGAAUUGCCCAUAUUGAUUGGUCCUCACGGGCAGUCACCUCCACUUUACAUCAAAAAAUGA